UACAAUUCUCGGUAUCACCGUCAUUCCAAGACUGGGGCGGACUUUCCUCAGCAGCUUGUUGACUCAUCAUACAUGCAGUCUUUUCGAUAUUGAUACAUCCGUUGCAGCGGGACUCACUGAUCCCGAAUACAAUUCAAAUUGUCAGUACGAGUACGACAGAAGCUGCUCUUCAUGCCGUGGUAAUGUAUUUACCUGGAGGCCUCCGCGGGCAUGAUGUGAACAUAUAUGUAAGUCGAGGCCUCCUUCCUCACCUCGAUAUGCUCUUCAACGAUAUAAAUUGAUCAUGGCAAUCAACCCGUCAUUCGCAGAUGCUUGUCAUGCAUCCGCCAUCGCCUUGCCUACCCUAUUCGGUGCCGAAAUCACCAACAUUCAUGCCUCCGCAGUCACCAAUUUCUCCCUCUCCUCUAGCCCUUCAGCAGCGUGGACCAAAUCUCAAUUUUCCAACCUCGACUUUUGCAACGUUACAAUCAGCUACACUCAUCCUGGUCAGAAGGAUAAUGUCACCGUCUAUGUAUACCUGCCUCCCGCUCUCCAGUGGAAUGGCAGAUUCGCUACCGCGGGAGGAGGAGGCUGGGGUGCCAUGAUGUCCGGCGGCAUGACCUCGAUACCCGCCAUCGAUGCUGGCUUCGCUGUUGCGGAAACAGAUGCGGGUGUGGCUACCGAUGCGCUCACAUCGGCGGACUGGGCAUUGCUGAGUCCCGGAAACCCUGAUAUCAAUCGUCUCGAGAUAUUCGCCAGCAAAGCUUUGCACGAUAUGGCCGUCAUUGGCAAAAGCGUGGUUGGAUCCUUUUAUGGGCAAUCCCCGGCUUACUCUUAUUGGAUCGGCUGUUCUCAGGGUGGUCGUCAGGGUAUCAUGAUGGCGCAGCGAUACCCUGGAGACUUUGACGGUAUCUUGGCUUUGGCUCCUGCUGUCAAUUGGGGUCAUUUCUUUCCUGUGAUGGCAUGGCCGCAUCAACGCAUGUAUGAGGAGAAAGCCUUUCCUCGCGCGUGUGAGUUUGCCGCUCUACGCGAUGCUGCAAUCGAAGCUUGUGAUAUGCUGGACGGAGUACAAGAUGGCGUAAUCAGUGCACCGGAGCUCUGCAAUUUCGACCCCAUCGGCAAGAUCAACCAACCCUUUUUCUGCAAAGACACGAAUUCGACUUUACAUUUUACCACCGCGGCGACGAGGAUUGCUCAAGCGGCUUGGACCGGACCCCGUGGUUCCGAUGGAAAGUUUCUCUGGUAUGGGUAUGCCAUGGAUGCUGAUUUGAGCAUGAUAACCGCAACGACUUGCAAAGACGCAAAGUCAUCAAACCCGGCCAAUUGCACCGCAAACCCCUUUUCUAAUGCGGCAUCCUGCGAUGAUGAAUCUGUGGAUUGCACUGCUGUUCCUUUCCCCCUGUCCGAUUCUUGGUUCCGUCACUGGGUCACCGCUGACCCCGAGUUGGAUACGACUUCACUCUCCCGUGAUGACUUUACCUCGCUGAUACACCAAGGUAUCCAACACUACGAUUCCAUCAUCGGAACCCGCGACCCGGAUCUCUCGGCUUUUCAAAAACACGGUGGUAAAUUGCUCACUUGGCACGGCAUCACUGAUCAAAUCAUCCCUUUCGGCGGUUCGACAUCCUAUCACGAUCGCGUGGCCUCCCUCGACCCUCGAGUGAAUGAUUACUUUCGCCUUUUCCUCGCACCGGGGACCGCGCAUUGUUUGCCUGGAAACGGCCCUUUUCCCUACCGCGCGCUGGAGGAUCUGAUCGAGUGGGUGGAAAGAGGUGUGGCGCCUGAGCGGUUGGUUGCGCAGAGGAUUGAAGAUUUGGAUGCCGAGACUGGGCUGUUGAGGCAUGACGUCGAGCGUGCUGGAGAUAGGGGAAGACCGUUGUGUUUGUAUCCAAAGAGGCAGGAGUAUAUCGGCGGUGAUGUUGGGGUGAUGGGGUCAUAUCGCUGCGUUUCGCCAUGAUAAAAGGCAUCUGAUGGUGGACCAGCUUGAGUGGUAUUGGGAGAUAUGCAAGGACAAGACUGGAGACGGGUAUAGCAUCAGUAUCAACCAU